GACAAUGUCUGUGAAUGCGCCUGGGGGCGUACUCGGAGAAAAGCUGGCUUUCUGCGUGCUGUCUGCAUGGUGGUGCUGACUGAGAUGAGUGCGUCUUCUUCGCCCACCGCAGUACUAGGUCCUACUACCUAGGUAGGUACUUUUGACGGGAUUCCUACCGCUGAUGGGAUAUCCAGAUUCCAAUCUGAACCUAAGAAAAAGGAACAUCUUGAGAUGGCAAAGCGGAUCAGUUAGUUGAGCGGGUGAAACCAAGCGCAGGGGGUCUUUGUGAUGGUUCUAAGAAAAGGCACUUGACUAGCGCCAGGCCCUUUCGUCCGAGCUAAUCAGUCCAACCACUGAAUGUGUCUACCUUACUCAAAUCAGCGUUCCCGUCAUGCACACUUCAAAAAGACACUAGAACGACCAGUACUAGUUAGGUCCCGGCUACUGGAACGGCUUACUUGAACAGGGGGUUGGGUUAUGGUGUACAUAUGACCACCGGCACUCUAUUUCGAUGCAUGCAAGCCCUCCAACCACCAGCAUACUGGAACACCAUAUCAACCGCUCCUGAUCAGAGCAGCGUCAUAACUUAAGCACCCGCAUUACAACCACCAGCAUUACUCUAACUGCAAAUAUGCUGGUCCUCAUAGGCUUAUUGCUGGCCUUGCUAGCCGUCUUUGUACCCUUUGCAUUGGGCAGCUUGGCUGGUCUGCUCAUAAUGAGGUCAAGGCCUGAGAACUGGGUAGAUAGGAACUGGGUGGCCGCCCCAGGGAACCCGCCCCUUCCCCCCCCCCUGUUUCUGCCCCUGGUGACCGUCCCCCAGGUGCGAACCGGACUCUGGAAGGGCGCCAGGUGGCUGCUGAGGUGGCCGAGCAUCACAGAGCUGCUUAUGAUUUGCCAGGUUGUACCUUUGCUGCUUCCACCCUUCCCUCAGCUGCUGAACAACGUUCUGGAGGAAGGGCUUUCUUGGUUAUAUGGUAAAUAUGGGGAUUCAGACGGGCAGUGUCCGGACUUGUUUCGUGACCCCUUCAAGUUCGCGCUCUUCAUCCCGGUGAUUGUGAAGCGCGUCGGCCGGAGCUGCAGUCUCUUCCUGCAGUGGUACCGCUUCCUUCUGAACCCUGUUCCCAAACCGAUGGUCAACCGUAACCACGCACUGAUCAACUUCUUACAGGGCACCGACUUCUCUCUGCUGGCCGGUUUCGACGUCGAAGCUCUCGUGAGGGAUCCCUGGCUGACGAAACAGAAGACGCAACUGAUGGCGCUGUGCUCCCGGUUAGCCUAUGAACGGUGGCACAUCGCCCGGACGAUUGUCGACGAGUCCUGGGGCGGGUUCACGUUCGAGUGCGCCUGGCACUUUGAUCAGAUCAGCCUCAUCCCCGAGCCCGGAAAACCCCGCGAGACGGCGUACGUCAAGACCAGUGCGAUGCUGCUCACCGCUCCCGGGGGGGUCGCCGUUCUGGCGUUCCGGGGAACGGAACCCCUAGAGAACGUGGGCUGGUUGACGGACUUCGACGUGGUGCCCCCCGAGCAGGACCCGGUUGGUUGGCCGUACGGAAAGUACCACUCCGGCUUCCGGCGCGCGCUCGGGCUGGGCCAUCAUCUGCAGGGGGAUCCCUCCGUGCAGUGCGGGUUUCUUAUCCAAGAGGGAGACGUCCUGAUACGCAAGCCGCCUGAGAACCGCUCCCCCUUUGACAUCAUCACGGCGAAGAUCGAGGAACUUCUGAGUGGCGGAGGGCGACUGUUCGUCACAGGGCACAGUCUUGGGGGAGCGGUUGCCAAUCUAUACGUUGCCGCUGCCACGAUACCUCCGGGGGACAGCAGUCUGUCCUCGAACAUAGAGUGUGGGCUCUUCACGUACGGGCAGCCACGUGUGGGGAACAACCAAUACGCACGCAACGUGAUGCGAGGCUUACAACACCAAGCAAUCUCUGAUGAGUCGGUCAGGUAUGUUCGCGUCGUAAACACCAACGACAUCGUGCCCCGGGAUCCCCCUCCGCUCGACCUCUUCUACCAGCAUUCGGGCCAACUGGUUUUCCUGGAACCGGCUCCCACUAAGCCACCUCGCGCUAACCCGCUUCCAAUCAACCCGGCCGCCGCCUCCGGCUCGAUCGUCUUCCUCCAAGAGCAGCCCAUCAUUUUUAGGGCCUGGGCAAUCACGCAAGGAACCCAAAAAGCGCUUUAUGCGUGGGAAGAUUAUAAGAACCGCCUUCCAGGGUCAAGCGCGGUCAACGUCACGCUGACGUGGUUGGCCGUCUACACAACGUUGAUCCCAUUGCUUUUCAUUGGCCCCGUGUUGCUCAUGGUGGAUCCGCUGACGUGCGCGGUGCUUGCGGCAAUCGGCGUGGGUUUGUUGGGGUUACCGGUGGGUUUGUUAGACCACUCUUUGACUGGAUACGAGGCGGCUAUUAGUAACAGUGUGGACGGAGAUUGGAUUGAGCAGUGACGACACGAGCAGGACCCACAAGAUCAUUAUAGGUCACAAAUGGUGAGCUCACCAUCUUUUGUAUCAUGUUCUAAAUUAUAAAAGCAGACAACUAGGAAAUGCACUUGACGGUGUCAAUGGUUAAAGCGGCACAUUUGGGUCUGGAGUCGCCAGAAUCAAUGCAGUCGUAUCACGUGCAUGCUACCAUUUUGAUAAUAUGCU